CCACUCAACAACUGGAUCUGGAAGCCAUGGCCAAAAUAAUCAAGGCAGCAACUCAUCUUCACUUGUUUUCCCUCAAAGCCAGUUAAUAUCCACCAAACUUGAUGAAGGAAAUUUUUUUAUCUGGAAGCAGCAGGUGUUAACCACCAUAAGAGGGUACGGGUUGGAACAAUACAUCAGCCGUGAAGCAUCUCCUCCUUCCCAGUACACCAUAGAUCCAGAUUCACAUCAAUCAGUCAUCAAUGGUGAUUUCCUUCUUUGGCAAAGACAAGACCAGUUGCUUGCAUCAUGGCUUCUAUCCUCCCUCAGUGAAGGGAUCUUGAUUCAAACUGUUGGGCUAAACACCGCUAGAGAGAUCUGGCACUUUCUUGAAACCAGUUUUUCAAGCCAGACCACAGCCAAGUUGAUGCAGUAUAAGAUCCAACUGCAAGGUCUGAAAAAGAACAACUUAACCAUGUCUCAAUAUUUAAAUCAGAUGAAAGUUUGCUUUGAUUAUCUUGCCUCAGCUGGCCAACCGGUUAAAGAAGGAGACAAAAUUAUUCACAUACUCAGUGGUCUAGGAACUGAAUAUGAUGCAGUGAUGGUAUCAGUCACUUCAAGAGUUGAACCAUACACUGUACCUGAAAUACAAGCCUUGCUCUUGAGUUAUGAAUCUAGGCUGGAAUUCAAUGCAAGAUUGACAUCUAAUGUCUAUGUUGAAGGGUCACAGCCCUCAGUCAACACAGCUGUCCAAGCCUCUCAAAAGAAAAUUUUUUCAAAUGACCAAUCCAAAGGAGGCUUCAGAGGAUCACCUAACAAUAGAGGAGGUAGAUCAGGUGGUAGAAGCUAUAGAGGUAGAGGAGGCAGGUUUCAAGGAAGUAGGCCAAUCUGUCAAGUUUGCAAAGUGGCAGGUCACACAGCUGAUAGGUGCUGGUACAGAUUUGAUCAGACCUACACUCCACAGCAACAACAGCACAACAACAACACUCAGGCCAACAGAAACCCCUCUCGCAACUUAACUCAGUAUGCCAACUCCUCAGCUGCUUCUGACUUUGGAAAUGAAGGCAUAUGGUACCCUGACUCUGGUGCCUCAGCUCAUGUGACCAAUGAGCUAGCUAACAUGAAUCUAGCAUCAGAGUAUAGUGGCACAAGCAGACUUCAAGUUGGAAAUGGAGCAAGAGUCCCUAUAAACCAUAUUGGUAAUGGAUUUCUUAAAUCUUUAAGCAAUAACAAAGCUUUUCUACUUAAAGAACUGCUGCAUGUCCCUAACAUAACAAAGAAUCUAAUCAGU